AUGCCAGCACAGAAACAACAAGAGAAGAAAACAAAGAAGUUCUCAGCUAGAUCCCAUUCCAGAUCAGCUUCGUAUGGGAGAAACUUGAACAAACUAGGAAGAAUCACAAGUACAGAGGAAAUACAUCAACGUCCAGGGCUGAAUAGAUCAAAGAGUACUGAUGGGACAUUGGUGAGAAAGAAUAGAAGUUUCACCAAAUUAUCAACUUUACAACCAUUAGCUAGAACUAGGUCACAUCAACAAGUACAACAAAGAAAAGGUGGGAAAGUCGUGUUAGAGUUCAAUAACGAUCAAGAAUCAUCUGAUGAUGAGAAUCAUGAAGGUAGUAAAAAAGAAGAAUCUGAAGAAGAAGUUGAAGAGUUUAGUGAUGAUGAACAAUCUUCUCAGUCAAACCAACCAGAUAAUACUCAACUUAAACUUAGUUAUAAAGCACCAGCACAGUUUAGUCAUACACAUAUUCCUCAAGGAUCACCACUGUCAUCUAAUACAUCAUCUCAACAAACAAAAGAAUCAACUGAACCAGAAGUUGGUGCAUCAAAAGCUUUAAGAAAUUCAUUAGCAGCUAUGACUUCAAAUCUUACGUUAAAUGAUACAGCUGGUAAGCAACCAGUUGAUGAUCUAAAUCAAAAACAACAAGAUCAAAGUGUGGAUCAAUAUAAAGAAAGUUUAUCAGAAUAUUAUCAAAAUAUGAUACUUUCACAAUCAACAGGUGCUGUGAGAGCAUUUGGUGAUCAACCUUUUUCAAAUUCAUUAGUACAAGGUAGAACAGAAGGUCCAACAACAAAUGGACAUGAAAAAAGUAAAGAUUCAUUACAAUACAUACAUUCAAAUGAUCAUAUAAGUGGAACUUUAGGAAAUAUGAAAUCUUUAGCAAGUUCAACAAAUUCACUACGGCAAUUUACCAUGCAAAAUAUCGGUGGUGAAAGUGUUCCAAAUGAUACAGCAUCAGUAAUAUCUGGAUUUAAAGGUAAACAACCUUCAGGUGUUGGUUUUGUAUCAAAUAGUAAACUUCAAAGAGAACCAUCAGUUGGUACCCCACAAAAUUUUAAUCAAUUUUUAAAAUCAAAUAAUUCAAAUAUUGAAACUAGAACUCAACAAAAAUUAUGGCUGCAAAGAGAAAAUUCAUUACUUGAUUUACCAUCUGCAAGUAAUAAUUCAAAUAAUCCUUCAUUAAGACGUGAUCUUGAAAGAGUAUCAAGAGAAUAUACCAAUGUUAGAAGAUUUUUCAAUCCUAGUGUUGAAUCUGUGAAGAGAAUACAUUCAAAAUCAAUAGAUAAAUCCCAGUUAAAUGGACGUAAUAAUUCAUCAAUUAUUAAAAAUAUUGAUACAAAUGAUUUCCAAGCUAAAAUUUUUAAACUUUGGAUAGAAGGUGAAUCAUCAUCUUCUUCAGAUAAUCGUCGUUCUCAAAAUCCAACGAUUGGAUCUCAAUAUAAUCAACAACAACAAAAUAAUUCUCAUCAAAAAAUGUAUUCUCAACAAAGACCAUCAAUAAUACAAACUGCCAAUAUGUCAAUGACUGGGUUAGGAAAUUCAUUAAGAUCACCUGUUGCACCAACUACAAGAGCUGUUGAUAGAGCUAAUAAUUCACCUGAGAAUAAAAGAAUUGAUUUGGCAGCUGUUAGAACACCAGAGGAGCAUGUACAAAAACUGAGUUGA